AUGUGUGUAGCUAAAACCUUCAUUAUAUGGCUUCUUCAAUUUAUAUUCCUACUGGGUCUUUUUGCACUUUUCUUAUGGCUAGCUAUACGUCCCAAACAUCCUACCUUCACCAUAGACGAAUUUUCUGUUCCAAAUAACCAGAAUUCCUCUACUGAUGCAGAUCAAGAUUUCACUCUUACUUAUACCCUUGAAAUAAGCAAUUCAAAUAAAGACUCUGUUAUCUACUACGAUGACAUUUUCUUGAUAUUCAAUUUCGGGCAGGAUACACUAAAAAGAACCAAAAUUCCUUCUUUCAAACAGGACAAGGAUAAAACGAGAAGCAUUCAAGUGAUGGAACGUGUUGAUUCAAGUCAGAAGGUACAGAAAACUCUGGUCAAAGAAAUUUGGAGUGGGCAGGCAGAAUUAAAGGUUGACUUAUCAACUAAGAUUCGAUAUAAAACUUGGGGUUUUAAGAGUAAACAUCAUGGAAUGGAGUUGCAUGCUAGUAUUCAUAUUGACAAGGUUGGGAAGAUUUCAGGUAAGAAGAAAAAGGUCAAAUUUUCUAAGAAGAAAAUGGUAUCAAGAGCUGCUAGAUUUCAUUGAACAAAGUGCAUAUAUAAUGUUCUAUUAAAGUUAUCUAAUUUUAAAUGC